UCCUAUUUUAGUAGUCUGCUCGUGUUUCUCAAUGUUCUGCACGAAUCCCUGUUGCUAAUCAAAUUUUCUCCUGCAGUUUCAUCGCCUGUAUCCAUGUCGGUAUCAUACCUUCGGCGUUGUCUACACACCCGAAUACCCCUUCGGUGCCUUUUCACAGAAUCUUCAGUUAAUUCAGAGCCAACCUCAUCCUCAACUUCAACACCCAAUUUGGUUUCAAACCCACUUUUCAAAUCUAGAGUUUCAGAACUGAUUUCAAAGCAGCACUGGUCUCAACUGAAGGACCUAAUUAAACCCAUUAACCCAACUUAUUUUCUCCAACAACUUUUUGAUUCUGGUUUUGAUUCUACCUCCAUUUUGCCUUUCUUUAAAUGGUCUCAACAUGGUUAUCAGGUUUACCACCCUCUUCACCAUUUAUUCAAACUGCUUAUUUUGUUAGUCAAUGAUAAAAGAUACCCAAAGGUUCGAUCUUUAUUGCAUGAUUUUGUUAAGUAUGGGAAAACCCAUACGGUUUCUUCUGUUUUUCAUACACUCUUGACUUGUAGUGAUAAUGUUUGUGCUAAUUCUAUUAUUGUUGACAUGUUGGUAUUAGCUUAUGUUAAUAAUGCUAAGCUGGAUUUAGCUCUGGAGGCUUUCAAUAGAGCUGGAGAUUAUGAAUUUAAGUUAUCUGUAUUGUCGUGUAAACCGAUGCUUAAAGGGGUGGUGAAUGAGGGGAAAUUUGAGGUAGCAGAGCUUUUGUAUAAGGAGAUGAUUAGGAGGAGAAUUGAGGUUGACAUGUACACAUUUAAUAUUGUGAUUAAUGGGUUGUGUAAGGCGGGGAAGUUGAAUAAGGCUAAGGAUGUGAUGGAAGAUAUGAAGGUUCGGGGGAUUAUUCCGAAUGUGGUUACUUACAAUACAUUGAUUGAUGGGUAUUGCAAGAGAGGUGGGGAUGGGAAGAUGUAUAAAGCUGAUGCAUUUUUGAGAGAAAUGGUGGAGCAGGGGGUGAGUCCAAAUGAGAGAACUUAUAAUACUCUUAUUGAUGGGUUUUGUAAGGAUGACAAUGUUGGGGCAGCUAUGAAGCUCUUUAAAGAAAUGCGGUUUCAAGGGAUGAGACCGGACAUUGUGACGUUUAACUCGUUAAUUAAUGGGCUCUUUGGUGAUGGGAAAGUUGAUGAGGCUCUUGGUUUACGUGCAGAAAUGUUACGUUUGGGGUUGGAGCCUAAUAUUCGGACUUAUAAUGUACUGAUAAAUGGGUUUUCAAAAAUGAAGAUGUUCAGAGAGGCUAAAGAGUUGUUUGAUGAUGUUAUGAAGCAAGGGUUAGAUUUUAAUGUACUUACUUUUAAUACAGUUAUUGAUGCUCAUUGUAAGGCUAGCAAAAUGGAAGAAGCAGUCGCACUACGUGAGUUGAUGUCGAACAAACUGAUUUGUCCUAACAUUUCGACAUAUAAUUGCUUAUUGGGUGGUUAUUAUCGAGAGGGAAAUAUUGAAGCAGCAAAAAAGCUACUAGAGGAAAUGGAGGAGAAGAGUGUGAGGGCUGAUGUAGUAACUUACAAUAUUCGAAUAGAUGCAAUGUGCAAAAGGGGAGAAUCAAGAAGGUCAGUUAGACUUCUGGAUGAGAUGUCUGAGAAAGGGCUGAUCCCAAGUCACGUGACUUACAACACUUUGAUGGCUGGCUAUUGCCAAGAAGGAAACCCCAAGGGAGCUGUUACUAUUAGGAAAAGAAUGGAGAAGGAAGGAAAACAACCGAAUGUUGUUACUUACAACGUCUUGAUUAAAGGUUUCUGUCAAAAAGAUAAGUUGGGAGAAGCAAAUGCUUUUUUGAAUGAGAUGUUGGAAAAAGGAUUGGUACCCAAUAGAACUACCUAUGACAUUAUCAGAGAAGAAAUGAUAGAGAAGGGAUUUGUCCCUGACAUAGAUGGACACCUCUACAAUGAUGUUGUCAAUUGUUAAUUAUGGCCGAGAAUUUUGAGAGUGGUCUAAUAGACUCAUUCCGUCAUUGCUUUUGGUACCCCGUAUUCUGUCAUUGUUAUUUCACACUUAAACUACUUUUGAGUACCCUGUUCUUCGAGAGGGAGCGAAAAUCUUUGUGGUUCUUGGUUCCAGUGCAAUGCAGGAUUGGUUAGUCAUAUUGAAUGGGUGCAACUCAAUGGAGGAUGUGUCUGCUUCUCUUUUGCGCCACAAAAACAAUCUUCUGUGCUCAGACAUAGUCGCAACUCGCAACUGAUGCAAAAGGCUGACAGGUACAACGAUGAGUUGGAAUUCCUCGGGCAUUUCGAGAAAUAUGAUUUUGUGGUGUAGAUUGCAAAAUUUGUAGCGUUCUAGAGGCCCGUGAUGGAAUAUUUUUCCUGGAUCCUUGACUUGUUGAUGACCACGUUCCACAAUGUGAUUUAUGGUGAGCGACAUGCCAAGAUAACUCUUGUCUGGCUAGGAGUACUCACGUUGAGCCUCAUAUAUCUAUUCUGCAAAACAUGGCAUGACAUUUUGAUUUGAUCAGGUUUUUGGAACAAUACUCUGUAUCAACAUCUCGAUGAGAAAGUUAGAGAAAGAUAAUAAAGAGUAUUCUUGAAGAGAAUUGUGUGACUGAAGUAGGGAACUGGAGGAGGCACUCUUUGUUACUUUUUCAAGAGAGAAUGCAGGAGCCAGGAACAGAAGCUUGAUGUUUUUCUGCUGGAAAAUUGGUAUAGAAUUCUCAAAUCUGCUUAUUCUAACCUGAUGCUUCCUUAGUGGAAUCACCAGGAAUGGAAUCCUCUUCUUUUUCUUCUUUUACCCUUACUAAUCUAUUUGGUACUGUAAAAAUGCAUGAAAGAACUAUCCAACCAAGUUCUGAAAUCCCCAUUGCUUGUGUUCUCUCUGUAGUUCUUUUAUUACUUUGUCACGUUACUCGCUUCCAUUAAUUAUUAUAUUACUGUUGUUAUUGCUUGUUGCUUUA